UGUGAUGAUUGUGGAUACAGUCAGUGAACCCCAAAUGGCCGAGGAAAGUAGAUCCUGGUAUCUUUAUCCAGUCUUCCGUUGUCGUCGAUGUGUAGAAGAUAAUUCCGGCCAAAACAACAGCAGUCUGGAUUGCUGCAUGACGUAUGUUUGGCAUAAUAACUCUAUUGAGACUUGGGAUAGGUUCAUACAACAUGCACGUUGGCGACCCGGAUUCAUAGUGACCCCGAAUCGCGGGGUUUACAAACUGAUCGAUGGAAAGGUAGAGCUACGAACAUAUUUCGUCAGGGGAGAGAUGUGUGGCAUAAGUCACUUCAUAUCACCUAAAAGAUUGGUAGAGGGCAAAUAUACUGCUGCAAAAAAUGAAAGUAUUUUAGGCACAGAUGUUGGACCCUUAGAAACUGUAUACCUACGUGAUAAGAUACUCUAUCAGCUUUUGAUACUUAGUGGUGCCCAAAAAGCCGAAGAUGCAACUGAACUUUCCGAAUCCUUGCUUUUAUUCACCCACAGCGUUAAUAAUUUCCGUCUGGCAUCGUCAAUGAUCAAGGAGCAAUCUUUUCGAAGUAUCUUAGGAAACCGACUCAAGUCAAUUUUUCAAAAGAUAUCUGAGGAAACCAAACGCAUUGAGGGAACAGUGGACAUCAUACGAAGUGUCAACGAAGUCCCCACAUCUAUUGAAUUGAAUGAGUUCUUCAAAACCAGGAGACUGCGCAAGCGACCUGUAAUAAAUGAAGUACACAGUAAUGUUCCUGUGGAUGUGCUGCAAGUGACAAAGAUUCAAGUUGAAGAAGAAGAAGUCAAUCUGGAAGAUUAUGGAAGCGCUGUAAUCGAAAACAUUGAGAGUCCCGAGAGUUUUGAAGAUCUUAUCACCAACAUGGCUGAGCAUUUGGAACCUGAAAUGUUUAAGCUCAUUCUAGAACUCACUCAAAGUUUUAUGGAAAAAACCAGGGAAGAUUUGUGGCAGCUGCUCAAGUACCAUUUUUCCACGGAAACAGUUCUCUAUCAGAUAAUAUUGUGCGUCAUGAAACAGCACCCAAACUUGGAUUACAAUGAAGUUAGGAAGCAAUUCUCAGAUAUUUUAAGUCGUGUGCGAUAUUAUUUUGCUUCGGCUAAUCCAAAUACUUUUCCGGAACUCCUGCAAAAGUGUCCCAAGUGUGUGGGGUAUUACCAUAUUAAAGUGAUGGGAAAUAACUAA